AUGACGACGACCGGGCCCAUCCUGCCGACGAUCAAUCUCUCGAUCGACUACGCCGAGGAGCGCCAGAAGAUCGCCGACUUCCUUCGCUUCUUCAAGGCCGAGGAAUCCCGCCUAGACACAUUACACCCCACGCAGGUCGAGGCCGACGACGAGGGCGACGAUGACGCCGACGUCGAGCGCCUCCUCGCCGGCAGCCUCGACGAGAUGGACGUCGACGGCGCACGCCGCCGCGGCGCACGGCGUGACCCGGCGCGGCACGUCGCCGUCUACAUGCUGCAGCUUCAGCGCAUCGCCAACCGCGAGCAAGAGUCGCUCGUCAUCGACCUCAAGGACGUCGCCUCCCACACAAACACGCAGACGGGCGAGUCGGGCAAGGUCCUCGUCGCCGCCAUCCGCAACAACGCCAAGCGCUACGUCGAGCUGUUUUGCGACUGCGUCGACGCCGAGAUGCCCAACCCGGACAAGGACAUCAGCCACAAGGACGACGUGCUCGACGUCAUCCGCCACCAGCGCAUGGAGCGCAACGCCCGCACCGUCGAGGGGCAGCAGGAGACCCAGGACGACGAGGCCGACGUCUUCCCGCCCGUCCUGCUGCGCCGCUACACGCUCUACUUUAAGCCCACCGACCGCGAGGAGCCGCUGGCGGUGCGCUCGGUGCGCGGCGCUCACCUGGGCAAGCUCAUCACGGUGCGCGGCAUCGUGACGCGCGUCUCCGAGGUCAAGCCCUUCCUGCUGGUCGACGCCUACGCGUGCGACGUCUGCGGCGCCGAAAUCUUCCAGGAGGUCACGUCGCGGCAGUACAUGCCGCUGACGGUGUGCAACAGCCGCCGCUGCACCACCAACAAGACCAAGGGCCCGCUCUACCCGCAGGUGCGGGCGAGCAAGUUUGUGCCGUUCCAGGAGGUCAAAAUCCAGGAGAUGGCCGACCAGGUGCCCGUCGGCCACAUCCCGCGCUCGAUGACGAUCCACGUCUACGGGCCCCUGACGCGCAGCAUGAACCCGGGCGACGUCGUCCACGUCGGCGGCAUCUUUCUGCCGAUGCCCUACUCGGGCUUCAAGGCGAUCCGCGCCGGCCUGCUCACCGACACGUACCUCGACGCCCAGUUUGUGCACCAGCUCAAGAAGCAGUACGACGCCCUCGAGCGGACCGACGCCAUCGCCCGGCGCAUCGCCGAGCUCAAGGACGACCCGGCCCUCUACCAGAAGCUGGCCGCCUCGAUCGCGCCCGAAAUCUACGGCCACGACGACGUGAAAAAGUGCCUGCUGCUGCUCCUCGUCGGCGGCGUCAGCAAGACGGUGGGCGACGGCAUGAAGAUCCGCGGCGACAUCAACGUCUGCCUGAUGGGCGACCCGGGUGUGGCCAAGUCGCAGCUGCUCAAGUACAUCAGCAAGGUGGCGCCGCGCGGCAUCUACACGACGGGCCGCGGAUCGUCGGGCGUCGGCCUGACGGCGGCCGUGAUGCGCGACCCGGUGACCGACGAGAUGGUGCUCGAGGGCGGCGCGCUGGUCCUGGCCGACAACGGCAUCGCGUGCAUCGACGAGUUUGACAAGAUGGAGGAGGGCGACCGCACCGCCAUCCACGAGGUCAUGGAGCAGCAGACCAUCUCGAUUUCCAAGGCCGGGAUCACGACGACGCUCAACGCGCGCACCUCGAUCCUGGCGGCGGCCAACCCGCUCUACGGGCGCUACAACCCGCGCGUGUCGCCGGUGGACAACAUCAACCUGCCCGCGGCGCUGCUGUCGCGCUUCGACAUCCUCUACCUCAUCCUCGACACGCCGACGCGCGACGACGACGAGCGGCUGGCGCAGCACGUCACCUACGUCCACAUGCACAACUCGCACCCGGAGCUCGAGCACGACGUCAUCGACCCGGUGCUGAUGCGGCACUACAUUGCCGUGGCGCGGCAAAAGCGGCCGACGGUGCCGCCCGAGGUGUCGGACUACGUCGUGGGCGCCUACGUCCAGCUGCGGGCGCAGCACAAGGAGGACGAGCUCAAGCAGCAGUCGUACACGUACACAUCGGCCAGGACGCUGCUCGGCGUCAUCCGGCUGUCGCAGGCGCUGGCCCGGCUGCGGUUCGACGAGUCGGUGUGCAUCGCCGACGUCGACGAGGCGCUGCGGCUGAUGGACGUGUCCAAGGCCAGCCUGCACGCCCACAGCGGCCGCACCGACGCCGGCCAGGACACGUCGCCCAUCUCGAAAAUCUACCGCAUCAUCCGCGACAUGGCCUCCAACGCGUCGUCGUCCCGCAAGGCCGGCCACGGAGGCAGGAUAGGGCGCGGACCGAACCGAGAGACGGGAGGCGACGGCAUGGACGACAUGGACGACAUGGACGACGACGACGACGAGGCCGGCGGGGACCUGCAGGAACUGCAGAUGCGCGACGUGCGGCAGCGGAUCAUUGCCAGCGGCUUCCUCGAGGAUCAGCUGCAAGAGUGCCUGAUGGAGUACACGUCGCUCGGCGUGCUUCAGCAGACCGGGAAUCGGCUCGUCUUCCUCUAG